UCCUCCUUUGAUAUUCUGUUGUCAAAUAUACCUACAAUGUCAGCCUCCCAGCGUAGCCUUGUGAGUCUUCGCAAAAAGGUGACAGAGAAAGUGGAGAAUAUCCGGGAUCAACGUGGUCUGUUGGUUGCAAUUCUUGACGAGUACAUUGCCGAAAGUGAGAGGGAUGCUAACAAUCUGCUUGCUAUCAAAGACAAAGGCAUGUUUAUGCAGAGUUUUGUGGAUAUUGUACAGAACUUGGACAGAUGUUACAAUACCUGUUUCCUUCUUACUACAGAAGCUGAAAAUCUCAUAGAGGAAGCACAGCGAUCAAGUCCCACAGUUUGUAUGCUUACACCAGACACUGACAAACUAGCUAAGCACACUUGUGAAGAGGAGAGCUUGCUCACUGUAACACUGCCUGCUACCUCCGUGGCUAAACAGGACAUUGAAAAGACAGAGGGCUCUAACUUCUGCCAGCAGGAUAAGGCUCUUUCACCAGAGACAGUUCACAAUGUCAAUUUGAAUGAGAAUGCCUCUAAACCAGCAACUCAGAAACAAGUAUGGAACAUUAAACCUGAAGAUGUCAAAAAAGAAUCAAGUUCAGAAAGGAAGUGUACUGAGUAUCGGAAUGUUUCUGACAGUUCUGCUAUCCCGAAAACUGCACAGCCAAGACUUGAUAUGAAGGUUGCCAAGAGAUUCCUAGGGAAUGUCCUCAAUCAAGCAGAAAAAGAUAAUGAAAGAACACAUCGUAAUCAACGUAUCAGAAGACGUUCUAAAGGAAAAGGAAAAUCGAAAGGAAAUACAAAUAUGAUAACUGGGAAAACAAAGAAUGUCACUGUGGAUUCACCAGCGUCUCUUAAAAUGGAACAGGAUCUUCAGUAUGAUGCCAACAGCAAAAAUGCAGAUUCCAAGGAAGGAAUCUGUGUAGUGUCUCAGAGCACGAAUACUUCUUCUCAAAUCAUAGACCCCUCGUCAAAAAAACCCAACAGUUUAUCAGAAAAUAUCAGUGUGUCAUCACAAAAUAUCAGCAAGGUGCCAUCUAGCAUCACUGAAGAUAACUCUCUAAGAGUGGAAAAUACAUUAAAAAAACUGGACAAGUCAAAUAAAUUAGGCAGUAUAAAGUCUGUGGAAAACAACAAUGUAGAAAUACGGGAUGAGAGGAGAGAGUCUGACUCUAAUGUAAAUGCAGAUGUUAAUGUUUCUCCGAGAACAUUAUCUGAUGUUGAUAAAUCCUCAUAUCUGUCAUCCCCAACUGCUACCCAAAUAGAGACUCCAUUGGUGCCGGAACGAAAGCCUUAUCAAAAUGCAGUGGGAGAGAAAGUAUCAUAUGGUCUAGGACCAACAUUAAAUCCGGUAGAGUUAUGUGUUGGACAGCCUGUCACAGUGGAGGUGCUGGAACCCACUUCACCCUGGAAAUUUUACAUCAAACAGGUGGGAUUUGCCCUCGACAAACUCACUGAGGAGAUCUUUUCCUACAUGAUGAAACAUGGAGAAGACAGGAAUUUGAUACUGAAACCAGAAAAAAAUAUGAUAUGCCUGGCAAAAUUUUCACAAGAUGGACUAUACUACAGGGCUAGAGUAUUGCAGGUGCAUCCCGCACAAGGCGAAGAGGUGCCAGUGGACGUCCUUUAUGUCGACUUUGGCAACAAAGAGGAGGGAACCUCUGCCCAUUUAAGAGAACUGCCAGACAGAUUCACUAGUCUCCCUAUACAGGCUAUCCCAUGCGCUCUGGCUAAGGUAGCACCUGUGAACAAAUAUAAUGUGUGGACAGAGGAGGAUAUUUCGGCCUUUGCCCAGUUUGUGUGCAAUCAGCAGUUCAGUUGUAUCCUUUUAUUUGAUGCCGAGGAAAGCUUGCCAAAGCUGGUGGAGCUCCUACUAUAUGUUCCCCGCCCAACUGUCACAGGGGGUCAGCUCUACAUCCACAAUACUGUCUCCACAGUCAACAUUGCCACUGUCCUCAUCAACCAAGGUCGUGCAAGGGAUACUGCGAUUACAGACCAAGUAUUAGCACUACGUAGGAUGUAUCUACCGCCUGUGUCGGCAUCAAUGCAGUCUCUGCAAGUUAAGCAGGCAUCUGAUAAAUUAUCACAACGGCCAGAUACUGCUUCUUCAUCCAGUCAGUCUUCUUCAUUACCUGACAAAUGUAAAAUUCCUCGACCAAUGAAAUUGCCACGACCUAAAACAGUUGCUCAUAAAAACAAAGUGAUGUCAGUGAAAACCAUUGUGGCUGCAGCAUCUGGUAUUACAACAGAGUCUGGUGGCCAGAAUAUCACUGUCAAACAAGGUGGCAAUGGUUUUGAGGAGUCUAAAACACAGCACAAGGACACAUCUGAGUCUGAUCCUUCUCACAAAGGGGGAACAGAAGCAUACCAAGUUCCGGAAACACGUAACACAGCAUCAGAUGUGCUUCAUCAAAGAGACAGUUUGAAGAGUGGAUGUGUCACCACUCCUCUCAGUCUGGGAGAAGGCAUACAAGCAAAUUUACCAAGACAAGAGCAGAUCAAUAAAGAUCUCUCACAGUCCAGUGAAAACCAAGAUAAUGCACAUGAUGGAAAAACAAGCAAAGGUCACCUUGAAGCAACAGUGGAAGAUAGUGCAAACAUGGAGGCUACGACCCAGACUUCUCAAAGUUUUGUCUCUGAUAAUUCAAGCACCAGCACUACUUCUGCCAUGGAGACUCAAAGCAUCGAAGAUUUCUUGGCAGCCCUGCCUGUAGCCAACAUUAAGAUUCCCAACGUUGAACAGAAAGAUGAACAGCUGUCUGGAAUAUCGUCAGUGUGUGACUCAAUACCAGCAAAUGAAGGGGAGACAACUGAGGAGAAAUCACCAUACAGAAACAUUGACUUGCGCUCUAAAUGCUUUAAUAUAAUGUUAUCCCAUGUCAUUUCCCCAGAACAUUUUUACAUACAUAUUGUUUCUGAGACAGUUGGGAAAACACUGGACAAUAUGAUGAAGAAUUUAAACCAGCAUUUUGAACAGAUUGGCAGAAAGCAAUUACAGAAACUCAACAGGAAUUACUCGCCAAAUAUUAAUGAUUUGUGUUGUGCCAAGUUUUCAGAAGACAGUUGUUUCUACAGAGCAGUUGUGGUUGAAGUUACAACAUGUGAAGAUUCCUCUUCAGUUGCAAAAGCACAUGUAUUUUACCUGGACUUUGGAGACCGAGAAUGGCUACCACGUUGGAAACUUUUCCCUCUUCCAGAGGAGUUCAAGGAUACCCCUCCACUAGCUCUGAGCUGCUCUCUUGCAUACAUCAAACCUAUUGUGACAUCACAAGAUAGUAACAGAUUGUGGCAAGAGAAUGUAACUCAGGAAUUUGUAACACAAGUUGGGUUUGAGAAUCCCAUACAGAUGAUUGUCCUGUCAGGCACUGUCUGCUUGGAUAUGGAAAGCAAUCCAGGUUGUGGUAUGAUGGACACUGGCAUCCUAAAGGUGUUCUUGGUCAAAUCAGAGAACGAGGAAGAAGUGUGUAUCAACAUGGACCUAAUACGUCUUGGUUUUGCCACCAUUGACUCUAACUACAAUCAGGAUAUUGGCCUAACAAAUGCACCUGGGGAUGUGGAGAUUGGAGACUGGGAUCCCAUGGCUGAGGACUACCUGUCCAUAAGAAACAGCUAUAACAUUGAUGUUGAUGACCCAGGAGUGGCUACUGUUCAGUACAAGGCACAGGAUGAGAAGCAGCUAUGUAAAUAUUUUGCCAACAACAGUUGUUGGAGAGGAGACAGAUGUCCAUACAGACAUGUUCAGGUCACAGGAGGAGUGACCAUGGACAGGGAGCCAGUGUAUGGUGGUCUGGAUGAAGCCCACAUUGAGGCUCUACUGCCAGACUGUGACACCUGUGUAGCUGUAGAAAUAGCCACAAUCAUCAACCCUGCUCACUUUUACAUCAUCUUGCCUUGGGGAAAGAGAACCUUAGAUACAUUGCUUGACCCUAAGGUCACUGAUCCUGGUGAUGAUGAUGAGACUUUGGAUGAGCUUGUAAUUUCACUGCAAAGACACUAUGGAAACAUGUCAUUCUCCCAGAGGACAUUAGUACAUUAUGCAGAAGGUGAACUAGUGGUAGCUCGGUUUGUACAAGAUGGAUGUUGGUAUCGUGCCAAAGUUCUUCGUUCUGAUGACAGAGAGCAAGACACUAAGAUUCAGGUGUUCUAUGUAGAUUUUGGAAACAAAGAAUGGGUAUCAGAGCGUGAUAUCAAACCCAUGGAUCCACAGUUUCUCCAUCUACCCUUUCAAGCCAUUGAGUGUUUUCUGGUGGACAUAGAACCAAGUGGCCAUGCAGAUCAAUUCUCAGAGAAAGCCAAGACAAUGUUCCAACAAAUGACUGAUGGCAAGACACUGGUAGCUUAUGUCAAAUCUAGAUCUUGGAGUGGCUGUUUGUACAUUGAUCUGUUUGACACGAGUGGAGAGGAAGACAUCAACAUUGGUAAGGUUCUCAUCACAAAGGGCCAUGCCCAGGUACCUAGGCCACAUUCCGACACUAGCCUGAUAAGUCAGUCCGGCAGUGAGGGCUCUCUUCUCCUUGUUCCUGGCUGAAAACUUACUGGAUAACUGAUGUAAAAUACUCCACACUUUUUUCCACUGUGAUUCUACAUAUACUUAUUGGCCAGAUAGUGUUUCUGAUCUUUUUUUUAUAUUUUUUUACUUGACAUAUUGGUGCUAUACUUGAUAUUGAAUUCAACUUUAAACUGAAAGUGUUCUGAUAGAUUGGACAAAACUGCUCACCAUCACACCUCUAUAGGUAUUUGAAUGUUGAAGGUUGGGAGGAGUAGAAUUUGUAUUAAAAAUAGAUUCUUGGACUGGAAACUUGGUGGACAAUUAUUUUUCACUUGCACAUUUUUAUGAAAAAAUUUGCGAGUGUGUUUUUAAGAGCAGAUUCUAUUAGUUUUUUGCUUUUUCUUUCAACACGGCAUCAAAUCACUCUAAAUAUGCUUAUACUGUACUUUAUCCUCUUCAAGCUAAAGAGUAUUGGGCUUUAGAGCAAUAUUCACUAUUGUUUAUUAAUUUACAUAUUCAAUAGGAGUAUUUUCUAGAAAUGGUGAAUGUUGAAUCAAAAUUUGUAGCAGACAAUGGUCUAAAUCACAACAUAAUUUUAUCACUGGAACUUUAGUUUGAGGCAGAAUACAUUCAGUUGAUCAGAACAUUCUUAAUUUUCAUAUCCUAACAAAUGCAUAUAUACUCAAUGUGAUAUUGAAUUGAUUUCUGUCGUACAAAACUAGAUUCAUUGUAGAAUCAGAGCAUGGAUUACUACUCUCCUGCUUAGAUCUUAAAUGCUUCUUCAAAAAAAAUAGUCUGCCUAGCAUUUAUUUCAUGAUUGGGUAAAAAUACAACGAAAUGAAUUCUUUAAGACUUUUAUUAAGUGCUGAAAAUGCAAUAAGUCAUAGGAUGGUUUACAGUAUUUGUCAUGACAAUGAAACCAUAGUGUCAUGGAACAUAUGACUAAAGGUCAAUUAAAGAUCUUGAUGCCAAAUACACUGUUUUACUGCUCUCAACAUACUUUGGGUAGUUUCUGUGGUAGGUGACAGAAGGUACUCGACAUACAAUGCAAAUGUUGUCUUCCUUGUUACACUUUCUAAAGUUUAUUAUUUUUUAAUGUUAUUUUUGUUUUACUAUUUUGUUAAUAAAGA